AUGCCGUUUCCUCCACAAAAUCUUCAAAAUGUCCAAGGGUUUGGAAAUUAUGCCCCUCGAGGUCCAUAUCAACCGCUUCCAGCCGAAUAUUGGCAAAACAUGAGUCAUCCAUAUUUCACGUCGUCGGUUGUUCAUGGAUAUGGUACCCCGCACACAACUGGUAUGUCUUUCACUCCUUCAAUGUCGAAUGAACCUGCAACUCCGACUUUUGUCCCGGAAACUCAACCUUCCGACCGUGAAUCCCCAAUUGAGGUGGUCAAUUUAGAAAAGACGGUUUCAAAUGCUGAGGGUACAAGAAAGCGUUCAAGUUGGACAAAGGUUGAAGACGAGGUCUUCACGAGAAGUAGUGUGACUCUCCGUGAUGAUCCAAUAAGCGGCAAUGAUCAAAAGGCGGAUGCUUUUGGGGGACGGGUUGCAAGCUACUACAAUGAGAAUCUUCCCCAAGGUUCAAACACCAGAAGUGCAAAUGUUAUACGGUCACAUUGGCACAAUACAAUCCAAAAGAAGAGAAUUGUCAAAGACCGUCCAAUGUUUACUCCACAGUCCGUUGAUCACUUUGUGGCGACAAAGAAGACGAGGACCUCAGAGUCUGGAGCAAGCAACACCUCCUCCAACCAAGAUGUGAGUAUAGACCUGGAUUAUGAAGAUACUCGUCCAAUGGGGCAAAAGGCAGCAAAAAGAAAGGGGAAAGACAAAGUAAAAUCGACCAUGGAGGAUCUGACAGUAAACUACAACAAUAUUAUCACAAAGUUCACUGAGUACACAAGCGUGAAGAAGUCCGAAGUCGAUUUGAAACAAAAACAACUUGAAGUAGAGGAGAUUAAGGCAAAAGCUGCAUUGUCCAAAUCUGAAGCUAAGAAUCGUCGCUUGAAGUUGAAGGAGUACGAAAUAUUGAACAAAGACACCUCGCAGAUGACAAAGGAGCAGCUUAUCAUACAUGAAUGCCUAUGCAAGGAUAUUAGGUCGAGAUGGAAUAUCUAA